AGAGCAUACGAAUUGUGUAGCAAAAUUGGAAAAGCGCCAAAAUUACUUCAUAUUAGCAAAGAGGUAGUGGAUGGUUUUUAUAUGGCCGUGAUGGAUUAUAUUAAGGCCAAGCUACUUUGCAACUGUAGUAAUUCGCUUAGUCAUGAUGAAUAUAAAAUAGUUUUCGAAGAUAUCAAAGAAGCUAUCAGCAAAUUGUAUAAGGAAAAUAUCGUUUUUGCUGACCUCUGUGAUUCCAACAUUUUGGUUAACAAAUCUCAAGAUCAAUAUCAAGGAAUGUUAAUAGAUUUCGAUUGGCUG